CAGAGUCGGUCUGUGGAGCUCCGGCGGCGCCGAGGGACAGAGACCGAGUGUUGUUUUGAAUUUGGUAGAAGACACCCGACUGGCAGUUGGUGGGGGGAGUUGCCUGAGAAGAAGAUGGCGGAUGUAGGAGACGAUGAAAUUCGUCCGGCUCUCCCUUCGGCAUCCCGUAACGGUCCGGUGGUCGGCUCGUCGGCGGGCACCGCGGGCCAGACCGCGGCCACGGUGAUGUCGGGUCCGCGGGUGGUGAGGAUCGUCAAGUCGGAGUCCGGCUACGGCUUCAAUGUUCGCGGUCAGGUCAGCGAAGGUGGGCAGCUGAGGAGCAUCAACGGGGAGCUGUACGCUCCCCUCCAGCAUGUCAGCGCGGUGCUUCCCGGAGGAGCGGCGGACCGGGCCGGGAUAGCCAAGGGUGACCGGAUCCUGGAAGUGAACGGGGUGAGCGUGGAAGGCGCAACCCACAAGCAGGUGGUGGACCUGAUCCGCGCCGGGGAGAAGGAGCUGGUCCUGGCUGUGUUAUCUGUCCCACCGCAGGAGGCCGACGGGCUGGAGGGCGGAGAGGAUGUCCAGCCCAACUACGACUACAGCGACAAGCAGGCCGUGCCCAUUUCCAUUCCCACGUACAAGCAUGUAGAGCAGCACUCUGAGAGAUUUGUGGUGUACAACGUGUACAUGUCGGGGCGGCAGCUGUGCUCCAAACGCUACCGCGAGUUUGCCAUCCUGCACCAGAACCUCAAGAGGGAGUUCUCCAACUUCAACUUCCCGAAGCUUCCCGGGAAAUGGCCCUUCUCCCUGUCGGAGCAGCAGCUGGACGCCCGGCGUCGGGGCCUGGAGGAGUAUCUGGAGCGAGUGUGCUCGGUGCGGGUGAUCGGGGAGAGCGACAUCAUGCAGGAGUUUCUCUCGGAAUCAGACGAGAACUAUAACGGAGUGACAGACGUGGAGCUGCGGAUAGCGCUGCCGGACAAAACCACCAUCGCCGUCAGAGUCCGUAAGAACAGCACCACAGACCAGGUGUACCAGGCGUUAGUGUUGAAGGUUGGGAUGGACAGUAUUAUGGCCAGCUACUUCGCCCUUUUUGAAGUCAUCAAUCACUCCUUUGUGCGGAAACUGGCGCCCAAUGAGUUUCCCCACAAGCUUUACGUUCAGAACUACACGUCGGCAGUGCCGGGGACGUGUUUAGCUCUACGCAAAUGGCUGUUUAGCUUCCAGGAGGAGGAGCUGCUCCGAGACAACCCGCUGGCGCUGCACUACUGCUUUCACCAGGCACUGGAUGAUGUGAAGAAGGGAUUCAUAAAAACAGAGGACAAAUCCUACCAGCUGCAGAAACUGGCAGAGCAGCGAAAGAUGGCCACGUACCUGAGCCUGCUGCGGACGUGCGACUGCUACAACGAGGUGGUUUUCCCCCACUGCUCCUGCGACUCCAGGAGGAAGGGUCACGUCAUCACAGCCAUCAGCAUCAAUCACUUCAAGCUGCACGCCUGCACCGAGGACGGCACGCUGGAGAACCAGGUAAUAGCCUUCGAAUGGGCGGAGAUGCAGCGCUGGGACACCGACGAGGAGGGGAUGGCCUUCUGCUUCGAGUACGCCAGAGGAGAGAAGAAACCUCGCUGGGUCAAGAUCUUCACUCCAUAUUUCAACUACAUGCACGAGUGCUUCGAGCGGGUCUUUUGUGAGCUGAAGUGGAGGAAACAGGUUGAGGAAGAGGCCUCUGAUAAAGACAACAAGAACUGCAGUAACAACGAGUAUCUGCCUCCGCUCGAGACGCAGCAGAAGGGAUGGCGCCACCUAGGGGGGGAGAUCGCAACGUCCUAAAAUCAUCUGUAACUCUUCAAAAAAACCAAGUACCGGUCCAUUCACAUCAUCACAGCCACCUCAGACAGCGCCCAUCGAAAAACACACAACCCAGCGUCAGACUGAGGCGAUCCCUGCCCUCGAAAAAACAAACUGGAAGCGACUGAUUUGGGGGGAAAAUUGGAAUUGUCACGCUUGCCUGAACCCGGGGACACGAGCAGCAAGAAGAGCGACGAAGGAAAAAAAAUCAACAAAAUCCAACUUUCACCUCAUUUAUUAGAUCCUCAUAGCGUGUGUGUUGUUCCCUUCCGUGCGUCGGCCCCGUGGCGUGGGGCGGGCACAGAGCAGAUUGUCGUGACGCAUCUGCGCGGCGUGCGAACGGUCAGGGUUCCCGCAGCGCUGCGCAGACGGGCGAGAGGGCUGAUCGCGAUGGUCCGUCUCUCCAACAAGACCCCACUUGGUCCAAAACACCUCCAGCGUUGAGCUCGUCCGCUGAACUGAGAAGAAAACAAGAAGGGAGGGAUGCAAAAAAAAACAAAAAAAAAAAAAAAAAAGUGGUUUCCACUGUUUUCACUGUCAGUUAUAAAUGAAACAAAAAGCAAAGUGAUGCUUUUGAUGCUGGACUUUAAACAGAAACCGUGUUUUCUGCUCUCUGGAGUCAUCGGUAGCCACACGGAUCCAGAUGUGGAGGAAUGUGUUUAUGGAAUUGUUUAUAUGUUUAACGAUUUCUGCGACUGAUAAAAUAUAGAUUAAUAUAAGAGCUAUAGGAAUUGGUCUCUCGAUCUAACACAGUGAAACGCUAACUGAGAUCUCAUUCAAGCAGGUUAAUCUAAUCUCCAUGUUUCACCUCAUCCUCUGGCCUGACGUCAGUUAGCAGGUCAGGAUGGAUAUUUGCUCCUCAGUGUUUUAUCAGAGGGGUUUUGCUGCAGAGCUUUGAGAGGAAGACUCUCAUUCUCAGCUGUGUGCAGGAAUGGUAUCUUGAACAAACGGCGGACGGGAAUCGUGUGUUUUUUUUCCCCCAGUCUGAGAAGAGCUGGACUGUAGUCUCCAGGUGGGGCAGCAGGGGGCAGCAGAGGACAGCACUGACUCAGGCCUACAUUUUGUGCAGGAACAGAAAUCUUCUCAGAGCUCCUUAAAGAGUGAUCCCUCUGGCUCUGUAAGUCACCUGGAGGAUCACUCCUCUGCAGCGAGUCCAUUAACCAAGUCAGAAGGACGGAUGUUGUGUGACUUUAUCAACAUUCACUCCUUUUUUUUUCUUCUUUUUUCUAGAGCACCUAAACGUACACAGUAUUAGUUGUGUGCGUACGCACAUGACAUAUAAUUUUACAGUUAUGUAGUUUUGUGUGUGUGAGAAACUGUUUAUUUUUUCUCUCACAGGUAUUAGUUAUGUUUGAUGUUUCCCAUCACUGUAGAGCUGGAGGUUCACAUUACUGUCCCGCCUGAACUGUGCAGAAAGCUGGUUUACACGUGGGGGAAUGGGGGGGGGGGUUUACCAAUUAAAGAGGCAUUGUCAUUACCAGACUGAUUUAAAUUCCACUUCAAUGCAAUAGUUCUGUUUAUUUCACUAAGGGCUUGUAGUUGAUCUCGGCCAUGUUCUCACUUUUGGCAGCAACCAAAAAAAUCUAAAUUGAGAGCACUUUGCUUUUCCCAUUUCCUGGUCUUGUGCCGGCUCUGACAAAGCACAGGUUCAAGUUUCCCUCCAGUUAAAUUAUUUUCUCAGCUGAGCCUAAGAUACAGUUCAAUAAAUGAUGAUUUCCAUGCCUAGCUUCAGUCAUAAUUUGCUUUCAGUCAGUUACCUUGAGCACACUCCCGUGUGUGUGCGUGCGUGCGUGCCUGUGUGUGAGUGUGUGUGUGUCCUCUGUGUUUAUCAUUGACAUUGCUGAUAAGCUUUUAGGCUCUGAUUGGUGGCGUGUGAUGAGCCGCCGGUGCAGGAGCCAGCAAAUGAAGAUGAGGGCUUUUGUAUCUGAACCACGGCGGAUGGAGACGAAUUGGAAGCGUCUCCUUAUUGUGGAGCGAACAUUUGCAGCCCCAGCGUAACACGCAUGCACAUGCCAGUCAUUCUGCCACUAAACAGGUUGUACAGCGGCUUAUAGCAAUACAACACGCCACUGUGGUAGCAUUUUUGCCUAUUUGACGCUCGUCCCGGGUAAUAUGGGAGGGGAAAAAAAAAAAAAGAAAUGGUCAUUAUGACAGCCUGUGACUGAAGAGUCGGACCUGUUCAAGCAUGAUUGCUUUUUUGUUUGUUUUUGUUCAUAUAAGAGGUUUAGACAGAUGCGGGUUGUGUGUGUGUGUGUGUGCUGGCUCGUCUGUCCUCGGCUCCGACUCUCCAGGUUGGUCUCCCGUCAUCACUGGGGGAUGCGGUUGCCGUGGCAGCACCACGUUGGUUCCACACGCGCUCAGAGCAGCCUCUGUUCCUUUUAUUCCUGUGAGCACAACUGACUCACUCCCCCCCAAUAAUGUAUUCAAAGCUGUGUUUUUUACUGUUUGAUGUUUGUUCUCUGUCCCCGUGGCUCGUGCUGCUGUGAAUAGGCUUUUAGGAAGCUGCUCUGUUUAAAAAAAAAAACAAAACAAAAAAAAAUUCUAGGUUGUUGUUUCUUUAAAAGCAUUUCUGUGGUUGAGUUGGUCUCGUCUCCGCCAGAUGCCAUCUUAUGCUCAGUCUCAGCCGCACACAGGUGUGUGUGUGUGUGUGUUGUGUGUGUCGGCCGUGCGUCGGUGUCCAUUUCAGCCGUUUUCUUUGGUGAGCUCGGUGUCGUGUUGAUGGUGUUUCGGUGGAGAAAAACGAAGUGCCGAGGACGUUGAGGCGUGUGUCCCGUUGGCCCGUGUCGGAUCGUCUCUGUAUGUCAGUGUUCGGCGCCGUCGUCCAGCCGUGUUUGUGUUUUGAGAAACCGGACAGCCAGAGCUUGUAAGUGAAUAAUUUCAGAUAUAUUUAAAAUAAAAGAUGAAUGUCGGACGGUGCAGCAGAUGUGGUGACGCUCGAGCAGACGGCGCUAGAGACUCAGGUAGUUUGCGUUCGCCACCACUACUGAAAUGCUCAUCCAGAUGCAGCAGGUGUUGGGUUUUUUUUUUCCUCCAGUUUGGCCUCUUUAAGCUCACACUCCUCUGAAGAGGCCUCGGCGAAGUCGCCCGUUCGCUCUCUUCCCUCUAAUGGCUUCAGCGUUCGUCUCAUCGCCGGCACAUCUGGCCCCACAGCUGCCUGCGACCGAUCUCUGCCUGCCGAUCGCCUGCGUGUUAGGUAGUUUUCCGCUCGACGCUUUGAAAGACGGGGCUUUUUCCACAGCCGGAAUGCAGAGAAAACCUUAGCCUUGGUUUUGUCUAUCUUCAGCAUAACCUGUAAAUAGUUGUUUUAAGAGAAAAAAAAAAAACAAAAGAAGAGUAUCCUUUUGACAAAUAAUGCACUCUUGUUUCUCCAACUCAGAACUUUUAUUUAUUUAAACAGAAACUAUAAAGAUUGGGGAAAUUAUAGUGUAACGUUAGAGCCACCAUCGAGCAUUCAUUGUGCGUGCGUUUGUGUGUGUGUGUGUGUGUGUGUGUGUGUGCGCGAGAGUGUGUGAGAGA